CCUCCCUCCCUCCCAUCCCGUCGCCCCGUCGCCGACGCGUCCUGCCGCCGGCGCCCGACCGAUUCGCCGAUCCACGCACCGCCCGAAUGGAGCCGGCGGAGGCGGAGGCGGGAGGCGGCAUCGCCGCCGCGAGGAGCAGCCCGGCCGCCGUGCAGGCCACCAACGACGACGCCGCGGCGAGCAAGCUGUCCUGUGUUACCAAAGGGUACAUGAAGGAUGAUUACGUGCACCAUUUUGUUAGGCGGACAACAAAAAGGGCUCCAAUAAUCAAUCGUGGCUACUAUGCCCGCUGGUCUGUUCUUAGGAAACUUAUGCUCCAGUUCCUCAAUGCUGGGAGUGGCAGUGAUGAUCAGAAGAGGAAACAGAUAUUAUCUCUUGGCGCUGGCUUUGACACGACAUUUUUCCAGUUGCAGGAUGAAGGGCUUGCUCCAUACCUUUAUGUAGAGCUGGAUUUUCAGGAGGUAACCAGCAAAAAGGCUGCCAUCAUCAACCACUAUAAUGACAUGAAGGAGAAAUUAGGACCUGAUGCUUCUAUUUCAAUAGAAAAAGGCGAAGUGACGAGUACAAAUUACAAGCUAUUUUCUGCUGAUAUUCGUGAUAUACCGAAGCUAGAUGCAGUUAUUCGCAUGGCUGAAAUGGACCCAAGCUUGCCGACCUUUAUAAUUGCAGAGUGUGUUCUAAUUUACUUAGAUCCAACUUCAACUGAUGCUAUUGUUAGUUGGGCAUCCGAAAAGUUCUCCAGUGCAAUCUUUUUCUUAUAUGAGCAGAUCCAUCCAGAUGAUGCAUUUGGGGAGCAAAUGAUUAGGAAUCUCGAGAGUAGAGGAUGCCCGCUCCUUGGCAUAAAUGCUACACCAACAUUAAGUCAUAAGGAGAAACUUUUUCUUGAUCAUGGAUGGAAGAGAGCUGUUGCACGGGAUAUGCUGAAAAUAUACAAUGAUUUCAUUGACGCCGGAGAAAGGCGUAGGAUUGAGCGGCUAGAGCUGUUUGAUGAGUUUGAAGAGUGGCAUAUGAUGCAGGAACACUAUUGUGUUGCAUAUGGGAUAAACGACGCCGAGGGGAUAUUUGACGAUUUCGGGUUCAAGGAGUAGCAUCCGUCUGCUUUGGCAGGCAGGCGUCAGAAUUACGCGUACCCAAGACGAUUCGAACUAGAGAAACCCCACGGAAACAAGUCUCCUGGUUCAUUCAAGUUGUACAUUUGCAAAGAAACAGUGGCUAUAUGUUGUACUGGCACAUCAGUCUUUGCCUCUGGGGUAUUGUGGUCAGAAGUGUUUGGAGCAUAUCAGUGUGAUACAAUUGAGUGGCAUGCACCGUGACCUUGACUUGGUCACGGUAGCAUGCUGUUUCUGAAUGGCGCAAAGUUUUCUGGUUGGGUGUACACGUGAAUGGUACUAUUUGCUGUUAGUUCCUGCCGUUGGUUAUUAAAUAAACCACAAAUAGUUGUCC